AUUAUUGAUAUUUAUUUCCAUCCAUCUUUUGUUUUUUGAUUUCUUCCUCUUUUAACGACUGAGGAAUACAGAGGCAGUUGAGGGGAAAUGGCACAAAACGCAAUGGCCAUGGCUUCUCCAAGCUAUCUCUCUCUCUCUUAUUCUUCUUGUCCUGUCAAUUGCAUUGUUCCCAGAAAAGUUUUCCCGGAAGGAGAUGCUAGUCUCAGUCUACAAUUAGCAAAACGAUUAGGUUUCAGUGGGAGAGAUGGGUCCUCUAGGAGAAGGGUUAUUCUGAAGUCAGCUCUGGACGGGGUUUCCGUAAUUGAUCCUCCUCCUCCAUCCAAAGAAGCAAAGACCGAGCUACUAGCUUCUCUGAAAAUCAAAUUACUGAGUGUGGUAUCUGGGCUGAAUAGAGGACUUGCUGCCAAUGAGGAAGACCUACAAAAAGCAGAUGAUGCUGCAAAGGAAAUUGAAGCUGUUGGAGGAACAGUUGACCUCUCAACUGACCUUGAUAAACUUCAAGGAAAAUGGAAAUUGAUAUAUAGCAGUGCAUUUUCAUCUCGCACUCUAGGAGGGAGCCGUCCUGGACCUCCCACGGGGAGGCUACUUCCUAUUACUCUCGGUCAGGUCUUUCAACGGAUCGACAUCCUAAGCAAAGAUUUUGAUAAUAUAGUAGAACUUCAAUUAGGUGCACCAUGGCCCCUGCCACCUGUUGAGGCGACUGCCACCCUAGCUCACAAAUUCGAACUCACAGGAUCUGCAAAUGUGAAAAUAACAUUUGAGAAAACCACGGUAAAAACAACUGGAAACUUAUCACAACUUCCACCACUAGAGAUACCUCAACUACCAGAUGCCUUGAGGCCUCCAUCUAAUAGGGGAAGUGGUGAAUUUGAAGUUACUUAUAUUGAUGACGAUACCCGCAUCACCAGAGGAGACAGAAGCGAGCUCAGGGUUUUUGUCAUCUCAUAGUUCUUGUCAUAGUUGUGAGAGAUGCAACCUCAAGAAAUGCAAUUCCCUGAUGAACAAGUUAACUUUUGUGCACUUGUAUAUUGUCAUUUGUAAAUUGAAUGACUUUUUGUACAAUUGCAUAUUGUCAUUUCCUUUAUCUGAUCAAACAUGUCCUUUCCUGCGCUGACAAAA